GUCCAGCUCUCAUUCAGAGCUGCUGGUUGCUCAGGAAUAGUGUCACAGUGGAUGCGAGACAGCCAUGUUUCUUUAUGUGCUCGUCUACGCGGCGUAUCAUAGCAGCAGAUGGCUUCCAAGGAACCAGAGGCUAAAAUUUCAACUUGUGAAUGCAGUGUUCACAGCAAUUGUUCUGGCUCCUCAGUUGUACGUCAUGGGAAGGCCCAAAUCCUCUCGAUACUGCAGGCAGCCUCUGCUCAACAGCCUGUCAGCCUCCGUUGCCUUAUCCUUCAUAGCUUCAGGCUUUUCAGUGAUUCUCACAUUAUUAGAGCCUGUUCCUCAGAGCCUGUGGGCUUCCUACCACGUGUUUGGGCUGCUGUCCUUUGGACAUGGACUGUGCACCGUCAUUCUGACUCUGAUGGCGACAGCAUGUGCCAAAACCACGCUGGAGCUGUACUACACGUCUCUCCUCCUAACAGUCGCCUCCAUUGUUAGUACAGCUUUUUUCAUGGUGAGAGGAGGAAUGUGGUUGACUAACAACCUGAGCAAUGAGCAAUAAAGGAGUCCAGCUGCUCUACGGCGACAUCCAACACCGCACACAUUAAGAUUUCAUGUGGUUUCCAUGCCACCGGCAGCU